CUUUAACCAUGGGAUGCUUGGUUCGCUGUGUUCUCGUUCCCUUACUCUCACACCUCACAGUCAGAAACAAGCAAUCAAGCCCAACCAAAUUGCUUUGGCUUCCCAGCUAUGAAGCCACCACUACUUUACCCCAAGGCCCCAAAUUUCUCCGAACACUAUCUAUUAUGAACACCCGAGCUCUCACCGUCUCAUCUCUUGCCCAGGGCGUUUCUUCUCCCCCAGCAGCCUCUGGUGACGUAUCUGUUCUCCUUCAAAUGAGUGCUGUUCUUCUCAUGGCGUAUUGGAUUACCAAUUUCGUUGUGCCGGACAUAAUCUCAGAGGCUCUCCAAUUUGAUAAGCCAAGCAAAGACCAGAUCCCUGAAGACAAGAUUCCCUCACAAGAUGAUUAGUGAAACACGCUUGGGAGCAGUGAAGGAGGUUCAGGAAGGACAAGACGAAGUUUCAGGAUACAAAAAAAAAACCUCCUAAGUUCUGAUUUUUGCCUCGUCUUCCUGCGUUAUCCCUUAUUUUUGUUUUUUGGAGUGUGGUUCAUGUUCCACCAGUUUUCUCCAUAUUUGCCAUAUUUCCAAUCUACAUUUCUUCAAGCAGAUGCUAUAAAGUGCUUUUUAUUACACUUCAAUCUAAACUUUACAA